UAAAUAAACCUUCAUAAAAAGGACGAUGGACGAGUAUCAGACUGCUGAGGAGACUACAUUUGUUGUAGAUGAGAUAACCACAAUUAUCAAAGAAACUGUUGAAAGCACCAUUGGCAACAGCUCUUACCAACACAAUCGAAUCAACCAGUGGACAUCAAGCAUUGUGGAGUCAAGUCUGAGCCAGCUAACUAAAUUAGGAAAGCCCUUUAAGUACAUAGUGACAUGUAUCAUUAUGCAAAAAAAUGGUGCAGGUUUGCACACUGCCAGCUCAUGUUUCUGGGACAACACUACAGAUGGGAGUUGCACAUUGCGGUGGGAGAAUAAAACCAUGUACUGCAUAGUUAGUGUUUUGGGGCUUGCCAUUUGAGGAUGAAUAAGGCUGAUGUAUCCAGACCUUUCAGUUUAGACUCCUUAACAAGAAAUGCUGUCCCUGUUUGAUUUGUAAGUAUAAUAAAUGUAUUUAUAAUUCAUCAUAUCUGUGUGUCUUUUUUGGCCUAGUAUCUCAGCAAUAGCAGAUCACCUGUAUUUAUCCUAUGUGUGAUUUACAAAACAAUGAAAUUCAGUGCAUUUCCAUCAUCAGGCCUAACAAUUCUGAGCACACGAGUAACAGUGGCAUUUCCAUUAGAACAGAGUUCUGUGCAGUAUGAUUACAAACUGUUCCCUGCACAGAUUUGUCAGCACAAUUAUCCAACAGCACUCAGGACAGGGGAUCUAUGCAUGUGGAAUGGCAUUAGGGACGUGGCAACACACAACUGAUCACUUGUCAAUUAUUUUCAUUCUAAUCCUGAUUUCACAGCACUGCAUUGGAAAAAGAAACCAUAAAGGCCCUGAUAUACUUCCGGAGAUGUUCAACUUCGUUCAGACGUAAAAAUAAGAAGUAAACAGCUGAGCAAUGGUAAACUAUUUGCGAACAUUCCGAUACUUUUCAAAAAGUUCACCCAGGCAAGCCAUUACAAACCACUGAAACAAAUGCAAAAACACAUUUUUGGCCAGAUUUUGUUCUAAAAGAUGUCACACUUGUUCUUUCUUUGAUUUCGUUUGAAGUAUAUUUGGGCCUUAACUGUGUCAACAAGUUGGAAUUGCUGCAGAACAGUGAGAUUCAGCAAAGGUACCUGAUAAUGGAAAUACACAUAUCUAAAAAGCAGUUAUGAUACAACUGCUCCCUGUGAGGCACACUGCACCAAAACCAGUGUGACUGGAUUUGCUUAAGUGCUGUCAUUUUUAACUCAUAUAUGAAGAUUG